UAUCGGUAUCGGAAAUUCAAGUGAGACGUAAACAGCUGAUUGAUUUGUCUCCAGAAAGAUGGAUGACGUCGCCAGCGCUCGCAAUGAGAAUGAAAAUUUACGGAAAAUUCGGAACCGCUUGAUGCAAUGGGAGUCUAAGACUGAUCCCUUGGCAGCGCUAAGUAUAGAGCAAGAUGAGUGUUUGGAUGCCUUGACCAAUUUGUGGCGCAACGACGAGAGCCUGAGUUCAGCUCCAGCGCCACCGGCUAAUGCCACGCCCACUAAGGCUGUAAGUGCGCCUAGUUGUGAUGACGUAGCGCAGCUCCCUGAGGAAGGCCUUAGCAACACAAACGAUUUCCUUUUGUGGUUUGUAAAUGUAAACUCGGAGAUCGAGCAACGUGGCGAUGCCAGCUAUCAAAAAUAUCUACAGCAAUUGGAACAACGCAAAGCGGAAUGUUCCGAUAUGCUGCAACAGAUAUCGGUGGCCAUGGGACGGCUGCAGGCGCUAAGCGAUGAGUACGAGUUUGUCCAUCAAAAGACUAGUGCCUUGAACACGGCCAGCGAGCAAUUGAUCGAUGAGCAAGAAAAGCUGCAAGAUUUGAGCCAGGAUAUACAAAGGCGUCUGCACUAUUUCAGUCAGGUUGAGUUAUUGAAUCAACGCUUACAAAGUCCAACAUUAUCAGUGGCCAGCGAAGCAUUCCGUGAGUGCCUAAAUAAGAUUGACGAAUGCCUAAACUAUAUAGCCGAGAAUCCCAAAUUCAAAGAUUCGGCUGCCUUCAAUGUAAAGUAUCGACAAUGUUUGGCCAAAGCCACAGGAUUAGUGCGAAACUAUGUAACGAAUGUGAUCAAUCAGGCAACGGAAGCCACUCUGCAUCCGAAACAGAAUGUUUCAGAUGCCACAAAUGCCCUAAAAGCUCCUGAUGCGGCAUUUGCGCUGUACUAUGGCAAAUAUCAAACAGCAGCAGCGAAAGUGAAGCGGGUUUCCCAAUUGAUUGAAUCACGGCUGGAAGAGCACAGUGGCCAGGAGUAUGGUCAACUGAUGACGGAUUUGCAGCAACAUUAUUUGGCACAAAGAGCCAGUGUGAUGUCACCGGCCGUUAAUUCAUCCAUACAAAAUGUGAAAAUUGCUCACAAAGGAGAUCAUUGCUCACUGACGCGAAGUGCCUGUUCGUUUUUGGUGCAUGUAUGUCAGGAUGAGCAGCGUUUGUUUUAUCAAUUUUUUACAACAGGAGCUCCACACUUAACUGUCUAUCUGGAUGGGCUUUGUACCAUUUUGUAUGAUACUUUGCGGCCUUUUAUCAUACACAUUAAUCAUUUGGAGACUCUGGCCGAGAUUUGCUCGAUACUUCGCAUCGAAAUGCUUGAGGAACAUGUGCAACAGAAUCCUACAGCACUCGAGGCUUUUGGGACAACAGUACAUCAGUUACUGCAGGAUGUCCAAGAACGUUUGGUUUUUCGUGCCCAUUUGUAUCUUCAAUCGGAUAUACAAAACUUUAGCCCAUCCUCUGGUGAUCUGGCCUAUCCAGAGAAACUCGAAAUGAUGGAGAGCAUUGCCUUGUCUCUGCAAGAGCCUGCCCAGCUAAGACGUUCUGAUUCCCGUGUGUCCAUAAUAUCAAGUGCAUCGAGUGCUCUGGAAACUGAAAGUGUGGACACAGCCUAUAGAGUGAAACAAUUGAAUUCACCAGCCGAUUUACAUGGCAUGUGGUAUCCUACAGUACGUCGUACUUUAGUUUGUCUCUCUCGUCUAUAUCGCUGUGUCGAUCGUCCAAUUUUCCAAGGAUUAUCACAGGAAGCUCUCAAACUCUGUAUACAGAGUGUUUCACACGCUGCUGCAAAAAUUUCGGCAGCUAAGACACCCAUCGAUGGUGAAUUAUUUGAAAUCAAACAUUUACUUAUCCUAAGAGAGCAGAUUGCUCCAUUCCGAGUGGAUUUCACAGUUAAAGAGACAUCGUUGGACUUUAGUAAAGUGAAAACUGCUGCAUUUGGCUUACUGCAAAAACGCAAACAACUUUUCUCGAUGGGUAGCAAUAAUGCUCUGCUCGAAUUCUUGUUAGAGGGUACGCCGCAAAUCAAAGAGCAUUUGCUUGACUCUCGCAAGGAAGUAGAUCGCCAGUUGAAGACAGUUUGUGAACAAUACAUUAAGGAUGCCGUGAAUAUGUUAGUCUCACCAUUGAUAACAUUCCUGGACAAGGCCCAAGCUCUACUCUCUUCAACAACUGCACCAGAGACGCCUAAAGCAAACUAUGCCUUAAGGCAAAGCCCUUGGGCUAGUCCACAACAAAUAAGCAGCAUUAUUCAAGAGGCUCAGCGCUUGAUCAAGGCUAAAUUGGCAGUGUUACAACGGGCAAUGCAACUAUAUCUCAGUAAUCGUGAUACGGAAUUCAUCAUCUUUCGACCCAUACGCAAUAACAUUAUUCAAUCGUUUGUCAAAUUGGAACAAUUGUUAACAACGAAUGGCUAUUCCAGCGAUGAUAUGAUCAUUAGUAGUUGUCCCUCAGCGGAACAGGUUUCAAUAUUACUGUCCAGUGCCAGUAUCUUAGCCACUGAGACUGUCGCAAGUUUUGCACGAAAAAUCAGUACCUCAUCCUCAGUAGAGGGACGAAAAUUGAGCACAUUGACUACUAAUCCCGAAUUGGCGGAAGAGCAGUCGCAGACAACGGAAAACGAGGAAGCUGAACCAGCGAUAGAAGAAAAAGUUGAGCCAGUUACCACGGCAUAGUUUGCAAUUUUUAAAUCUUAUGUAACUUAUAUGUAUUCUAUAUCUAUAUCUAAGUCCAUGUAACAUAUAUGUAUCUAUGCAAAUGUAUUGAUGUAUAGGGUUGUUCCAAAUUGAUCUUAUAGAAACGUUUUCCCAACUUA